AUGGCUCCGCACCUUUCCGAUCCACCUUACCGGCCAUCGAUUAGAACCACAACUCAGCCCUUCACCGUUACGAAUGCCCUUCCGCGAGGUUUUGCAACCCUUUCUGGACUUCAUCGCACCACACAUCAGUCGUUUCGAUCAGAUUACUCCAAAGCAUUCACCUUCAAGCCUACCCUUGACCCCUUUCACUCUGAUUACUCUCGAUCCAUCAUGCAAAACUUCUCACAAGCUCAAAUCAACUUAGAUGACACCCCCAUUGGGCAGCGUCCUUACCCUAGCACUCGACGCGCAUUGGCUGCCGCUGCAGUUGAUCAUGUCUCAGAGACCACUGCCUCUGUUGGUGAUUGCAGCUCUUCGCUACCCCUUGCCGAUGUCAUAUUUGGUCCACCUGUGGCCCGAGACCCCAGCCCAGCGGCCAGUUCCGACAUUGAGAUUGUCUCAUUGAAUUUACCACCUCGUGUCCCUCUGUCCGACAAAAAACCUGGAAGUCACAUUCUAACAUUCAAGACUUUUGUCUGUGGUUUAGUUUUGCAACCAUCAGGAGCUCGUGUGACUACUCCUCAACCGCUCAGCGUGGCAUACACUAUGUGUUUGCUCAAAGGGACGGAUAUCACCAAGGGACCCGCUAAGAAGAAUGCGAAGCCAGUCUAUUCCACAAUUCCCAUCCCCGCCACCAAAAAACCUUUCGACCUAAACGAAACCUCUUUGGCUGAGAUUGAUAACGACCAAAGCAAAGGUAACACAGCUAUUCUCCAAACCGCCGAUGCCAUGAAACAAGUCAAGAUCUAUGCGUUUAUUACUGCCCACGACACCUGGGCCAAAAACCAAGAACGUACCAUCACCGAAGAUAUCCAUGUCUCCUCUUUCUUUCAAUCGGUCCUUGGAGCUCUCGGAAAGCACGCCGGUUUCGUCAUUGUGAUGGACAACCCAGCACGAUGUGCUCAAGAGGCAAUUGAUGCUAACUUUGCCCGGUUCUUUUUGGUGCAGGAACUCACAAAGAAUCAAGCCCGACUCAGAGCACAGAACACCCUCAAUAAUGUUGUUACCACUGCCUCGGAUCUUGCUCAUGCAACUCCUGUUGAUCCUCAUUCGCGAUGGCUCACUGCGUUACAAGAUCAUCAUGGUUCAUUGAAGAAUAACAAGGCUGAAGGAUGGCGAAUUUUUAAUCCGAAGGACUUGACCUUGAAAAUGGAACUAACCUUCCAUCACUUGAUCCUGUGGGCUCGCGAAUUGGUCAAGGGUACCAGAGAUGUUACUAUUGAUGACCCGCCUAUGGAAUUGGAAGAGUUCUUCUGGAUUGAUGUCAAGCCGGUCAAGCGCCCUUCCCUCGCAACCCCUACUUCGGUGGCUAAGAAGAUUAAGAUCGAUUACAACAAGAUCGACGAUUAUGUUCAGAUCUUCUUCAAGCAUUCGAUUACCAGCUUCCAUCGAUUUCUAUUUCCUUCUGUUUUGAGCGCAAAGACCAUCGCUAGUUGGGGUAUUCCAUACGGAGUUGUGAUGGAGUUAAUGACUCGACCUCGCGAGUACUACACUUUCCAAGUCAACAAGUUAGAAGAACUCAUGAAUCUCCGAGCCAUGAGAGCUGCCUCUGCUGAAGCCCAUGGAGACAACAUCGACAAUUGA